AUGCACUGCAGUGUGCACGUGCUGACGUGGAUCAUGUUCCUGUUCGCAGCACUGACGUCGAUCACGCUGUGCCUGGCGGUGUCCACCGAUUCAUGGAUACUGAUGCGAGAACUCAUCCCCAUCACGGACGAGAACGGCACGGUGUGGAAGGACAUGGAUCCCAUUUGGAUGAUCACGUGGACAGGUCUGUGGAAGUUUUGUGUAAUGGCCGAUUAUGCUCCAGACUUUGUUACCUGCAGCCCCGUUAAUUAUGAAGUUGGUGAAACAGGACGAGAAAGCGGAGCUGUGACAUCAAUGACAAUAAUAGCUGCUAUGCGAGGGUCUGUUCCACUACCGGUAGCUGGUCUUAUUCUGGCCUUCAUUGGGGAUAUAUUUUGUAUCACUGGCAGUAUCCAUCGCGACAUAAAGACACUAAUUGCUGCUAUUUUCUAUGUCCUUGCAGAGUUUGUACCAGAAGGUCUAGCUAUUGCAGUGGGGAUAAUCCUCUUCAUUUCCGCCAUCAAUGACGAGGAGGGGUACCGCACGAGCGCCAAGAAGGAGCAGGGAGGGUUCUACUACAGGUACGGGUGGUCGUUCUUCGCCACCGGCCUGGGCUUCGUCACGUCCGAGAUCACGGCCGUCAUCACCGUCACGCUCUACCUGCAGAGGAACGUCAAGCUCGAGGAUAUGAUGAAAAUCAUCCCAGGACUGAAACACAAAGUGGAUUCAGACUUUACGAGUGACACCAAAGAGGGAAUUGUGAAUUUAACAGCAGCGCUCUGAUGUGCUUUUUUUUCACACUGUGUAAAUGAAUGUUUGAAUGACGAUGUAAAAUUCUUUUUUUUUUUCUUUUUUUUAAAUUCAUUUAUA